CACCUUCCCCUCCCGCCGUCCUCAGCCUCUACCCCCUACCUCAGGGGGUCUGAGAGUCCUGCCCCCAACAUUAGGGGAUGUCAUCACCUUCCCAGGACAAUGAUCCGCACUGCCCGCUGCCCACCGCCCCGGUCCCUGAGGCUUCAUGUUCCCAGCUCCGCGUCCCGAAAUAGUCCCUGGGGCGGGAGUGGGGGCGUGUGGCUUCAGCUCUGACGGCCUAAUGAGGGGGUCUCAGGCAGGGAAUCAGGAUCCGGCGGUGACAGCCCAGGCAGGGAGCCGAGGAGAGGAGAGAACUGCUCCACACCCCUUCUUCGAUGAGGCUGCAACCCCUGCAGCCCCCCAACCAGGCACACACGUGGAUACAGGCAUGGGUACGGGUUGGGAGGGUCGCAUCCCCUUGGGCUCCCUGCCUCCCCUGGGUUGGACGACUGUUUCUAAAAGGUCAAGAGUAGUGGCCAAGGGCAGGGACUCUGGCUAAAAUACCGGGUUGAAAUCCCGUUUCUGCCAAUGUGUGACCUUGGGCAGGUCACUUCCUCUCUCUAUGCCUCAAUCUAGCCUCUGUACGCUGCUGGAUAAUGAUAAUAAGAAAACCUACCGUGGAGGAUUUAGCGAAGGAACCCUGGUGGUGCAAACCGUUAAGCUGCUAGGCUGCUAACUGAAAAGUUGGUAGUUCGACCACUCAGGGGGCCCUCAGGAGAAAGACCUGGCGAUCUGCUGCCCUAGAGAUUCCCAAACCAAAAUUCAUUGCCAUCGAGUCAACUCUGAUUCAUAGCGUCCGUAUAGGACAGAGUAGAACUGCCCCAUAGGGUUUCCAAGGGUGCAAAUCUUUACAGGAGCAGACUGCCACACCUUUCUCCCAAAGGGCACUGGUGAGUUCGAACCGCUGACCUUUUGGUUGGCAGCUAAGUGCUUAACCACCAUGUCACCAGGUCUCUUUCCAUAAAGAUUACAACCCAGGAAACCCUAUAAGGCAGUUCUACUCUGUCACAUGGGGUCAAUAUGAGUCAAAAUGAGCUCAACUGCACGCACAACAACAAACGUUAAUACUCAUAAACUGCUUAGAAUAGAGAAUAGCCCAUGGUAAAUGCCAAAAGCAUUAUUAUUUCCCCUUCUGGGUGCAUCUACUCAUUUCUCACCCUAGCCUCUGGGCUCCGGCUGGUGUAGGUCUUAGGGAUGGCGCACAGCUGUUUUCUGAGGUCCCAGGUCCUCAAAUCAGGUGUGACCAGGACCCAUGGGUGGAGGCUGACCCUGCUGAGUCACACAGUGACUGUGUUGGAUGCAGGCUCAGGCCCCUGACCCCUGGCCCUGGCUUUUUCCACGACCCAGUUCUUCCCGGACCACUUCCUGAAAACAAGUCAUGAGAGGCACAGGCUGUCCUCUGAGAUGACCGGCUGCCCUGCUGCCCUGCCAGAGAGGUGUGGGGACGGGAAACAGCUGCUUGGCAGCUGGAAGGGUCCUGCUUGGCUUUAGGGGAAGAGGGGUUGGCGUCAGGGACCCAGGUUGGGCCCAGCAGUGGAGCAGGGUGAGGAGUCAGGUGGGCUGAUGGGUGCCCAGUGAUUGGGGGGUGUCAGACAUACAGACUGUCAUCAGGAGGGCUGACCAGGAGGCCUGGGCUGGGUGGUCUGAUGGUUAGCCCAGAUGGGCAGUGGCUCCAGGAGAGUAUUGGUUGGGUCUGUUGGCACCAGCCAGGGGAGGAUGGGCAGGCAAGGGGGCAGUCAGUGGCUGUGGCUGGGCAUGCUGGCCAGGGGUCUCCAAUCUGAGGGUGAUUCCCACAGGCAAUUGACUUAAUUGCUCUGUGCCUCAGUUUCCCCAUCUGGAAAAUGUGAGUGAUAAUAUAUACCUUUCAGGGUUGCAAGGGGGCAUACAGCAGGCACUCAAUACAAGCUCCUUUCCCUUCUCUGAAGGUUUCUUAUGUGAGCUCUUCAAAGCUCCAUCUUCCCUAUCUUGUGCUUUUUGUACCAAAGUUCUAGAGUCAGUGCUUGGCCUUAUUAAAUAUCACUGUGUUAGUCACGGUCCAAUCUCCCUCAGUUUCAUAGGGCCCCCAUCAUGAUACCCAAAGAGUUACUCAUCAUCCAACUCCAUUGACAAUACGCAUAGCUGUGACAACCUGCGCUCCCAUGGCUGUAUUACAAGCUCUUAUAAGCCAAGAACAGAGCCCUGUGGCACUCCACUAGAGACCUCCCAGACAGACAGGUGCUCAUUAAUGUGCAUCCUUGGUACAUCGAGCCCACAACUCUCCACUAGUCCUGCAAGGGUGUCACAAGAGACCUGAGUAAAACAUUCAGAAUUCAGAUAUACAAUUCUAUCUUGUUUGCAUUUUCUCUAAAAUAUAUAUAUAUUCAAGUGAUCCUCUUUACUUUUUUUUUAAGAUGUUUAGUCUGACCAGAUGAGUUUUCCGUGAGCCGACAAAGGGCUUCUAACUCUCACCUUCCUUUUCUAAAGGGAUACGCCAUCCUCCCCCUUUGAGCAUUACUUUCUAAUUUUCCCCAGGGACCUACGGUAAACCCGGUAGAUCUGGAAUGCCCCCUGUCCCAGCUACUCUUGUUCUCUUAAUCACCUUCCUCUCUUCUCUUGCAAUGACCUUCCUGCCGCCUCUUGAGCAGCAGAUGGAGACCCGGCACCUGGGAGUCCCAAGGAGACUCUUGGGUCUGUUUGCUCAGACUUGACAACUUACCCCGGGUGCCUUUCUAAGAGGGGCAGGGCCCGGGUUGUUAAUGAUGUCAGGUUGGGGCCAGCCAACCCCACCCUGACCCCUUCUGGGGGCCUCUUUUCAGGGUGUGUCUGGAAGCUGCUCCAGGAACCAUGGCCAAGUUUGUCCUGAAUCAGAACCUGCCCGACCUGGGUGGCCCUCGCCUGUGCCCGGGCCAGGCUGCGGGCGCCCGCAGCCCAAGCUCGCCCUACUUGGUGGAGACACCCUACGGCUUCCACUUGGACCUGGACUUCCUCAAGUACGUGGAGGAGCUGGAGCGCGGCCCCGCCACCCGCCGCGCCCCGGGACCCCCGCCCGCGCGCCGCCCCCGCGCGCCUCGGCCCGGCCUGGCGGGCGUGCGCAGCCCGGGCGCCUGGACGUCCAGUGAGUCCCUGGCCAGUGACGACGGCAGCGCGCCAGGCGCGCCCCCGGGGCUCCAGCUGUUGCAGCUGUCCCCGCGCGCACCCGCGCGCAACCCGCGCGUCGAACACACGCUCCUGGAGACCAGCCGGCGGCUGGAGCUAGCGCAGGCGCAAGAGCUCUCGCCCAGCCCCGCCCGUGAGGCUGUGCCACGCAGCCCGCGCGGGUCUGGACGCAGCAGCCCCUCCCCCUCCCCUUUCCCGCUCCCUGCCUCGCCCGGCCCCGCGCAGCUGCAGCUGGUGCGCGAGCAGAUGGCCGCGGCGUUGCGGCGCCUUCGCGAGCUCGAGGAGCAGGCGCGCGCGCUGCCCGAGCUGCAGGAGCAGGUGCGCGCUCUGCGCGCCGAGAAGGCGCGGCUGCUGGCCAGGCACGCGCAGCCCGAGCCCGACGGGGAGUCCGAGGCGCGCCCGGCAAAGUUGGCUCAACUGCGACGGCUCACCGAGCGCCUGGCCACCUCCGAGCGCGGCGUCCGGGCCAAGGCUGGCCUCCGGGCCGACGGCCCCGACGGCUCGGUGGCCAGGCGUCGCGAGGGCUCGCUGCAGGUCCCCGACGGGGCGCCGCAGCCCCGGGAGGAGGGAGCGGAAGCCGUUCCAGAGACUCAGGAGGCCGGGGUGGAGGCGGCUCCGGAAACCCUGGAGGCCGGCGUGGAGGCAGCGCCGGAGACCCUGGAUGCCAGCGUGGAGGUGGUGCCGGAAACCCAGGAGGCAUGUGUGGAGGCGGCUCCUGAGACAGUCGAGGCGGACGUGUGGGUGACAGAGGAGUUGCUCGGGCUGCCCGAGGCCGCAGAGCGCGAGCUGGAGCUGCUGCGAGCCGGCCUGGAGCACCAGCGCGGGGUUAACGAGCUGCUGCGGGGCCGGCUGCGCGAGCUGGAGGAGGCCCGCAAGGCAGCGGUGGAGGAGGUGGUGGCCUGGGCACAGUGCGAGGUCGCCACCCAAACCCCGUGGAGCUGCGCGGAGAAGGCCACGCAGACCGAACCCUCCACGGACGCCCCCUCCCUGGCGCCGGAGAGCCUGCCCGGACCCGCGGAGGGACCCCCGGCCAUGGCCCCCGCGGGUGUUCUCAAAUCCAUCAUGAAGAAAAGAGACUGCGCACCUGGCUCCCAGCCCAGCCCCACUCCCAAGAGUUUGCAGUUUGUUGGGGUCCUCAACGGAGAGUACGAGAGCUCCUCCAGCGAGGACGCCAGCGACAACGACAGCGAGGAUGGUGCUGCCGAGCCCCCGCGGAGCGGCUCCUCAGGCUCCGGGGACGACAGCGGCGGGGGAUCAGAUUCCGGCAUGCGGGGCCCUCCCAGCGGCGGGGAUGCGGGCGACUCGGAGGCGACGGCGGAGCCUCAGCCUGGAGCAGAGGGGAGGUGUGAGCUGAGCCCGCGCUUGAGGGAGGCGUGCGCAGCGCUGCACCGGCAGCUAAGCCGGCCCCGCGGGGUGGCCCGGGAUGGCGGCGCGGCACGUCUGGUAGCCCAGGAGUGGUUUCGAGUUUCCAGCCAGCGGCACUCUCAGGCGGCACCAGUGGCCUCGAUGCUGGGCGCGGUGGCGCGCCUGGGACCCGAGCUGCUGUCGCACGUGGUGAAUCUGGCAGACGGCAACAGGAACACGGCUCUGCACUACAGCGUGUCCCAUGGGAACUUGGCCAUUGCCAGCCUGCUGCUGGAUACGGGGGUCUGUGAGGUGGACCGACAGAAUCGAGCUGGCUACUCGGCCCCCAUGCUAGCUGCGCUCACCUCUGUGGGGCGGGAGGAAGAGGACAUGGCUGUGGUCCAGAGGCUCUUCCGCAUGGGUGACAUCAAUGCCAAGGCCAGCCAGACAGGGCAGACGGCCCUCAUGCUGGCCAUCAGCCACGGCCGCCAGGACAUGGUGGCAGCUCUGCUGGCAUGUGGGGCCGACGUGAAUGUGCAGGAUGCAGAUGGGGCCACGGCACUGAUGUGUGCUAGCGAGUACGGGCGCCUGGAUGCUGUCAGGUUGCUGCUGGCCCAGCCGGGCUGUGACCCUGCCAUUCUGGAUCAUGAGGGCACCAGUGCCCUGGCCAUCGCCCUGGAAGCUGAGCAAGAGGAGGUGGCCGCACUGCUGCACGCCCACCUGAGCUCUGGCCAGCCUGGGCCCCCGUCACCCGACUCCCCAACGGCCAUGGCUGAAAGAGGACACAGGGACAGUGGAGAGGAACCCCAGCAUCAGUGAUCACCUGGUGCACUGGACCUGGCUGCGGGGGGGGGGUCUCCCCAUCACCCACCAGCU